CCAUGGAGCUGGUCACAGUUAAUCUUAAUCUACCUACGCCAAGGUUCUGUGAUUUAUUGACAGGGAAAAUGAGCUUAUAAGAAAUACUAGUGGUCCUCUAAGAAAACCACCUGUGUACCCGGGCGGUACCACAGCCCUCACAUGAAUCAAUGGUAACUGCUACUGACCUCAUUGUUAUUGUGUGGUAUUUAUGUAUUUGGUGCCCCUGUACCGAUGUUUAUGUGUUCAAAUAAAUAAACAAAGUAAUUAAAACACAUGUAGGGACCCACUGAUAAUCUGUGUAAGCAUGGUACAUAAUCCACAGUUAAUUCUUGAUAACUAUCGCUAUCUAAAACCCGAUUGUCUAGGAAUUGUAGCGUGAUUUAACUAUUCCUUUUAAGUACCCGUGACGAUUGUAGUUUUUAUUUGAUACUCACUUUCCUCCUGUUUAUUUUGCUCGUUUUAACAGCUAUUACAAUCUGAAAAUACCAGAGACACAUUUAUCCAACUAUUCUGUAAUAUGUUCACUAACUUAAUAGAAUUUGUGAAAUAUUCAUAUGCUAGUGUUGAAACCAUUUAUGCUAAUUUAUCCAAGUUGAAGAAAAAUGAAAUCCUAUUACCUGCAAUACUGGAUCGAUCUUGUCGUUUCCAAUAUUUACUAAAGUGUGUUCUAUUAGGUCUAGAUUUGACCAGUGAUAUCAAUAAUCAUGAUGAUAACAGUGACGUACCUAUCAAACUAGCUAUUUGCAAUGAACCCGCUGCUUUAAAAAAUCAACUAUGUGAAUUCCUAGCAAACAUGCUGACAAGUUUUCCAAACGAUGAAUUACUAACCGGGUCCAAUAAUUUUAAUCCAGAAAAUUGUAAACAAGUAAUUAGAUUAUAUAAACAAUUAUCACAUAAGUCCCCAGAUGAAUCAGAAGUACCGAUUGAUAUCGUGAUCAAUAUACUGAAUAUUUUUGCAAAUUAUGUCUGGGAAAGGGACUCCACUUCAUAUAUUGCAUAUCUUCCGUUACCGGCACUUGACAAAGACAUAAACGACCAACUAGAUACUACCAAUUACUUCGCUUAUUUAACUGAAAGCCUACACCACCUCGUAUUAAAUGAUAAUGUUAAUGAUGAUAAAUUAUGUUGACUAACACACCAGUGUUGUUUUUUUCAAUUUUAUUUUGUGAUUACACGAGAAAAAUUCAGUGCUGAAAUUUUCCCCAGCUUACGAUCAAUACAAUUUCGCAUACACAGUACAAAAUAUACGAUAAAUUUGGACGGAUAUUUUUU